AUGUGGCCAUCCAUACUGACAGCUCUGAGAUCAGUGGUGAGGCCUGAGAGAGAGGUUCAGACCAAGACGGCGGAGCUGUGGCUGAGCCCCUACCCCCAGCCCCUACCCCCAGCCCAUACCCCCAGCCCCUACCCUCAGCCCCUACCCCCAGCCCCUACCCCCAGCCCCUACCCCAGCCCCUACCACCAACCCUCAGCCCCUACCACCAGCCCUAACCAGCCCCUACCCUCAGCCCCUACCCCAGCCCCUACCCCCAGCCCCUACCCUCAGCCCCUACCCCCAGCCCCUACCCUCAGCCCCUACCCCAGCCCCUACCCUCAGCCCCUACCCUCAGCCCCUACCCUCAGCCCCUACCACCAGCCCCUACCCUCAGCCCCUACCCUCAGCCCCUACCACCAGCCCCUACCCUCAGCCCCUACCCCGAGCCCCUACCCUCAGCCCCUACCACCAGCCCCUACCCUCAGCCCCUACCCCCAGCCCCUACCCUCAGCCCCUACCCCGAGCCCCUACCACCAGCCCCUACCCUCAGCCCCUACCCCCAGCCCCUACCCCCAGCCCCUACCCCCAGCCCCUACCCUCAGCCCCUACCCCCAGCCCCUACCCCCAGCCCCUACCCUCAGCCCCUACCCCCAGCCCCUACCCUCAGCCCCUACCCCCAGCCCCUACCCCAGCCCCUACCACCCCCUACCCUCAGCCCCUACCCCCAGCCCCUACCCUCAGCCCCUACCCCCAGCCCCUACCCUCAGCCCCUGCCCGUUAUUAAACUGUCAGGUCUGA